AUGGCGACUCAGGCAGCUCCCUCGGUGCAGUCCACGCACCCCUUCACAUGCAACACCUGCCAGGUCGCCUUCAGGUCCAGUGAGCUGCAGCGGGCGCACAUGCAGACCGACUGGCACCGCUACAACCUCAAGCGCCGCGUUGCCUCCCUCCCACCGCUCUCCUCCGAAGUCUUCACCGACAAGGUCCUCGCCAACAAGGCAUCGGCCGCCGCCACCGCCGCCAAAGCCUCGUUUGAGAAAUCCUGUGCCGCCUGCCAGAAGACGUACUACAGCGAGAACGCCUACAACAACCACCUCAACAGCCAGAAACACAGGGCAAAUGUCGCAAAGGCCGGUCUCGAUGACACUGCCUCAGUCACCGGCUCCGUCAUGAGCUCCGCCUUCAGCUUGGGCGAAUCUAUGGCGUCGACCGCAGAUUCUGAGGCUACCGAGCUAGAUCCGGAGGCGGAGAGGGACUUCUCUGAGGUGGUCGACGGCAUCAAGAACACAAACCUCGACGCCGCCGAGCCCGUUUCGCGUCGCCCUACACGACCCCACCAGUCACGAGCUACGGAUAAGCCCGACCACCCAUUGUCCCCGACAGCCACCAACGGAAGCGCAAAAGAGGAAGACACGUCUUCAGUCGCAUCUAGCAACAAGAUACAAACAGACCCUGUUCAGGAUUGUUUGUUCUGCAACUACCGCUCCCCCAAUUUCUCGCUCAAUCUGCACCACAUGGGCCGCCACCACGGCAUGUUCAUCCCGGAGAAAGAGUUCCUCGUCGAGCCCGAGAGCCUCAUCAAGCACCUGCACGCCAAGAUCUACGAACAAAAUGAAUGUCUGAAAUGCCAUAAGCACGCACACUCUGCACAUGGCAUUCAGACUCACAUGCGCGACCGAGGCCAUUGCAUGAUCGGGUUCGAGACCGACGAAGAGCUGGUGGAGAUUGGCGAGUUCUACGACUUCCGAAGCUCGUAUCCGGACGCGGACCGGUUCCAGCAGAUGGAGCAAGAUAUGGAUUCGGAUGACUCUACGUCUACGGCGGGCGGCGGUGUUAAGCUGGGCGCAGCACGGAAGACGGUCACCAGAACCGAAGAUGACGAUGCUGUCAUUUCGGGAGAAGAGGAAGACGAGGGCUGGGAGACGGACAGCACCGUAUCGAGUGUGCCCACAGACGAGAUCACCGCUGUCCCGAUCGACCGUACUCACCGCCAUAAGGAUCUCAACAAGUCAAGACACCAUGCCCAUGGCGACCCUCGGCCGCACAAGAGUGCCGACGGUUUCCACUCGCAUGCGCAUGCUACACCAGUGGCUGUAUACCACGACGACUACGAGCUCCACUUGCCGACGGGUCGCACUGCAGGCCACAGGUCGCUCAACAAAUACUAUCGUCAGAACCUACGCAACUAUCCCGGUGUCGCUGAGCGCAUGGAGGCUGCCCAACGACGCGCCAUCGCAGGUGCGGCUUCAUCCGACUCUGACGGAGACGGAGACGGAGACGUCGACAUGGAAGAUGGCGGACGUGGCCGACAGCAACUCAUCACCCGCGCAAAUGGCGGCCUUGGUAUGGUUGGCGUGAGCGAUUCGAAGAAGGCUGAGAUCCGCGCUGUCGAGAAGCGGGAGCAGAAGCGGGAGCUGCGUGCAAGGACAAAGUACCAGGCUGGCAACGAGAGGCGUGCCAACUUCCAGAAGCAUUUCCGCGACCACUUGCUGCAGUAA